UAAACUCUGUUUUGUAUGGUUUGUAAAGAUACCACAGAUUUGUCUUCGGCAAAGCGGAAGUUUGCAGAUUCCUUAAAUGAAUUUAAAUUUCAGUGUAUAGGAGAUGCAGAAACUGAUGAUGAGAUGUGUAUAGCGAGAUCUUUGCAAGAAUUUGCCACUGUUCUCAGGAAUCUUGAAGAUGAGCGGAGUCGCAUGAUUGAGAACGCCAGUGACGUGCUCAUCACACCCUUGGAGAAGUUUCGAAAGGAGCAGAUCGGGGCUGCCAGGGAAGCCAAAAAGAAGUAUGACAAAGAGACAGAGAAGUACUGUGGUGUCUUGGAAAAGCACUUGAAUUUGUCUUCCAAGAAAAAGGAAGCCCAGCUGCAGGAGGCAGACAGCCAAGUGGACCUGGUUCGGCAGCAUUUUUAUGAAGUGUCCCUGGAGUAUGUCUUUAAGGUGCAGGAAGUCCAAGAGAGAAAGAUGUUUGAGUUUGUGGAGCCUCUCCUGGCCUUCCUGCAAGGACUCUUCACUUUCUAUCACCAUGGUUAUGAGCUGGCCAAGGAUUUUGGUGACUUUAAGACACAGUUGACCAUCAGCAUACAAAAUACAAGAAACCGCUUCGAAGGAACCAGGUCUGAAGUGGAAUUGCUGAUGAAGAAGAUGAAGGAAAACCCCCUCGAGCACAAGACCAUCAGCCCCUACACCAUGGAAGGGUACCUCUACGUGCAGGAGAAACGUCACUUUGGAACUUCCUGGGUGAAGCACUACUGUACCUACCAACGGGAUUCCAAACAGAUCACCAUGGUCCCAUUUGACCAAAAGUCAGGAGGAAAGGGGGGAGAAGAUGAGUCCAUCACCCUCAAAUCCUGCACUCGGCGGAAGACAGACUCCAUCGAGAAGAGAUUUUGCUUUGACGUGGAAGCAGUAGACAGGCCAGGGGUUAUCACCAUGCAGGCGUUGUCGGAAGAGGACCGUCGGCUCUGGAUGGAAGCCAUGGAUGGCCGGGAACCUGUCUACAACUCAAACAAAGACAGCCAGAAUGAAGGAACCGCACAGUUGGACAGCAUCGGCUUCAGCAUAAUAAGGAAAUGCAUCCAUGCGGUGGAAACCAGAGGGAUCAACGAGCAAGGACUCUACCGAAUCGUGGGGGUCAACUCCAGGGUGCAGAAGUUGCUGAGUGUCUUGAUGGAUCCCAAAGCAGCGUCCGAGACAGACACUGACAUCUGUGCGGAGUGGGAGAUAAAGACCGUCACUAGUGCUCUCAAGACCUACCUGAGAAUGCUUCCAGGACCACUCAUGAUGUACCAGUUUCAAAGAAGUUUCAUCAAAGCGGCAAAGUUGGAAAACCAAGAGACCCGAGUCUCUGAGAUCCACAGCCUCGUUCACCGGCUCCCAGAGAAGAACCGGCAGAUGCUGCAGCUGCUCAUGAACCACCUGGCGAAUGUUGCUAACAACCACAAGCAGAAUUUGAUGACUGUGGCAAACCUUGGCGUGGUGUUUGGACCCACCUUGCUGCGGCCUCAAGAAGAAACGGUGGCAGCCAUCAUGGACAUCAAGUUUCAGAACAUUGUCAUUGAGAUCUUAAUAGAGAAUCAUGAAAAGAUAUUCAACACUGUGCCUGAUGUGCCCCUCACCAACGCCCAGCUACACCUCUCCAGGAAGAAAAGCAGCGACUCCAAGCCCCCAUCCUGUAGCGAGAGACCCCUGACGCUCUUCCAUGCUAUUCCUUCUACAGAAAAACAGGAGCAAAGGAACAGCAUCAUCAACUCCAGUUUGGAAUCGGUCUCCUCAAGUGCAAACAGCAUCCCUAAUUCUAACAGCAGCCUGCAGCCUAAUAUGAACUCCAGUGACCCAAACUUGGAUGUGGUCAAACCUACUCGACCCAAUUCACUCCCCCCGAAUCCAAGCCCAACUUCACCCCUCUCGCCAUCAUGGCCCAUGUUCUCGGCGCCAUCCAGCCCUAUGCCCACCUCAUCCACGUCCAGCGACUCAUCCCCCGCCAGGCCAGAAGAAGCGGUUCGUGAAGACUCCAGCACGCCGUUCCGGAAGGCCAAGGCCUUGUAUGCCUGCAAAGCUGAGCACAACUCUGAGCUCUCGUUCACAGCGGGCACCAUCUUCGAUAACGUUCAUCCAUCUCAGGAGCCUGGCUGGUUGGAGGGGACUCUGAAUGGAAAGACUGGCCUCAUCCCAGAGAACUACGUGGAGUUCCUCUAACCUCCGGCCCCGGCAGAGCUGCUGAGCUUUACGUGGUCUCCAUGACAACUACUGAUUCUGGUGUUGUGGACCACUCUUCAUUGCCACUGAGAAGGCAGGGAGCCUGACUGUUGCUUCUUGCCAACAUGAAUGCAUCCGGGAACUUGUAUCACGUCUCUCCAUGAUCAUCUCAGCUGACAGCACCGCAGUGAUGCUGCAGGAAUUGAAACGCAAUGAGCAGAGGAGGCCAUUUGAUUUUGGUAACCUCGAGGAAGGCUUGCAAAGCUGUUUUCUCCUGAGUGCCCCAAAUAGCGAGCCCUGAUUUCAUUUCAGCCAUCAUCCAAGCCCCCGGCCUCCUGGAAAGAGGGAACAAUGAGAAUAGCUCUACAGAAAGUGCAGCAUUGCUGCACUGGACAAGGCAGGGCAGUAUGCUACAGGCUGCCUCUACUGCUGUUUACAGCGGACACUUUCUUUCUCCUUCCUUCUCCCAGAGACACAGUGCUGCAGGCAGCUGGGCCUGUCGGCAAGCACACAGGAUGAAGAGGUUGCCGCACUGUUUAUGUAAGGUCCAAUCUCUCACCAUCUCUUGAGCAGCUGUUGGCCCAUGAUCAGCAGUUUUCGGUCCAGUCCUCUUAUGCAAAGAAGCACAUGCCCCUCACGUUCUCUGCCACUGAAGGCUUCCAUCACUGCCAUCACCUAGUAACCAUAGCAACCCAACCUACUCUAAAACUAAGCCAAAAAUAAUACUCCUCUUUGUAUGACACCGCCUUCUUCCAGCUCUGGUGGUUUUUUUGAAUGGUCUCCCAACAAUCUGAAACAGAGGAUUAGACCAUUAGGGUGGUCUGUCUGGGGCAGACAGGAUAGCAACUGGGGACUGUUUCUUUUCUGGUAAAUGUCUGCAUCACCUGGAUAGGUUUGGAGCAAACUCUAGGAACCUGUUGAGAUUAAAUCCCAUACAUGGUCAAUACUUCUGUUCUUCAUGCAAUGAGUUUUUGCUUCAGAGGGUAAGAUGCUGCCUCCCUCCAGGCUAGCGUUUGAUGGGUCCCUUCUAGCCCCCCUCUCCCUGCUGCCUGUCUCUGCCCUUGACAAAGACCCCCAACUACUCUCUAGAAUGCUUUUGCUAUGGAGGUCCUGUGGAGUUUAGAGAUGAUUCUUGGGCCAAACUUGUAGCUUGCAUUUUUAAAGGACCUCUGUAUACACUGCCACCCAGUAAAAGAAGGAAUUAUUAACUAGGUUGCCCAGGCAUGAGCCUAGUAUAGACCAAUAAGAACCUGGAAGACACCAGAUGUUGAGGCCUCAAGUCUUGGCUGGGUGCCUUCUAGAGGUGAUUCCUGAGUAAAAGGCACUGGGUCUUAACUGUUGUGCCUGGGAGACAACCUGGACAUUGCAAUGUCACAUGACCUCCAAAGAACAGACUCAUGGUAUCUUCACACAUGAAUGACCUUAUUAGACAGACUCUGGGCAGACAAUCUGUCAUGCUCGCCAGAAGCCACUUGGAUGGCAGGGUUGCUCCAGAGUGUCUCUGGCUCUGGAAUUCCCUAGGGUUCUUUAAUGAAGAAAAGAAAAACUUGAAUUGUGUUGAAUUACUGUAUCUUUUGCUUUUUUUUUAAAGAUAAACUUGUAAAUAGAAUGAUUUGAAAUAUUAUAUGGUAAAGUUUUAUAUUUGAUAUUCUUUAAGCUAGUCGCUCCAUGUAGUUAGUAAUUUUGAUUGCUGAGCAGGUGUGUUUGAAAGGGUGGGAGAGAGGCAGGGCUGAUGAGUCAAGGUCAUGGCCCCUCUCUGACCCAGUGAGAGAAUGCUUCCUUAUGGUUCCUGUCGGUUGACCUGAAAAGCUAAUUGUAUUCGGUUUUCUUUAUCUCCAUGUGAUUUGGGGCUUUAGAGUUCAAAAAGCAUUUUCAGGUAAUAAACUCCCAUCUAACAGUAAAGUGAUACUCAGGAUUUAGAUAGGCGGGGCAAGGGGAGAGUGUUUGUUUUUGUUUGUUCUUCUCAGGUAUAUUUCUUGGUAUCCCAGGAUGUCCAGACAAAAGGAAAGGAGACAAUUGCUCGUUUUCUUCCUCACCUCCUAAGGGUUUAUAAAUACAGCCUAGCUAGUGUGUAAACAUAUCUAUCAGUUCUAAGAACAAAAUAAGAAAGCCAGCUGCUAUGAUUCCGAGUCCUCUCUUUCUGUAGAUGUGUUUCUGGGCUCCCCUUUCACAUCCAGGUUCCCCACAAGAACCCGCCAAGAAGGAGAUAGACAGUUUCCAGUGUGUGUGGCUGCAAUGUUAGUAGGAGUUCACUGUAACUCAGCACCGAGUUUACCAGCUAAAGGACUGUCAUGUUGUCACCCGGGAACUCAGCUAGGAGUAAGGGGACUCCACCCUUCAGUCAGGUUCCCAGGCUGAAGCAGAGCAAGGCAAACACAAGACUCAGAACUGCCACCGAAGCUGGGUACGAUGGCCCCUGUCUGUAGUCUUGGCACUUGGGAGGCAGAGGCCAGAGGAUUGCUAAAGUCCUAAGCCACCCGGUUGUGGGGGUGGGGAGCAGGGUUGAAGUCUAAAGGAAGGAAGGAAAUGGACUCUUCCCUGUGAGCUUGAGAACAAGCUGGGAAAUGGGGCCUGAAGGGCGUGCACGCUCAAGUAGCACUGCGCUUUCCAAAUUGGAAGAGCCCAGCGUGACCCUUUUAAUAUGUCUGAUGAUUUAAAUAGUCACCAGCCUCAUCAUAAGCGAGGUGUUCUGUAGUCAGGGCCCAGCAUGACUGCUUGGAUGCACACUCCUCUCCUGAGCUGGCCCUGGUGUGAAGCUGCUCUCUGAGGCUGACCUCCUUCCAGUUUCCCCCAGGCCAUGUGUGGCCUAUGACAGAUGGCCACUCUGUUUCCCUCUGUCCAGCUAGGCCUCCCUUCUCCCCAUCAGCUGAAGAACUGGGGGGAUGAAUAUGAGCCAAGUGAACUGGAAGAUUAAAAAUGAAAUGUACCCUUUCUGCUCUCUGAACGCCCGGUAGCUCCCACGAAUAAGGAAAACUGGGGUAGGAUGUAGGGAGUGAGUUACCAGAAUGGAAGUCCAUUGACCGAACUCCCAAACAUUCCCCGGAGCUUUGAGUUCCUCAGUUGGUUCUGACCUGAAUCUGGGGGCCUUAUGAUGAUUGGCCUCACUCCUCCUUGAGAGACAGAGUUCCAUUAACUGAACAGUGCCAUGCUAUGAGAAGACAAGUGUUUCAAAUCCCUUUCCCCAUGCAAGGGAAAUCUGGACUUGCUCAAGAUUAUUGAAAUUCUCUCCCAGUUUUCAAGAUCAGUGUAUAAGAGUCAACUCCAUUUAGUGGGCCCUCCGUAGUCUAUCAGUAUUGGGGGCAGUUUUUAGUAUUUCUAAAGCCAAUGGGGGAAGUCUCAUGGGUGCUUUUCUACAGUGAAGCAAAGACAAAGGCUAUCAUGAGUGCUUGCACUUUGACCCGGGUGGGCCUGAAACCAUGCUGGUUUCUUGGAAAGUGCAGGCACUUGCCCACGACUCCAGACAUGAGUGUGCCACACCUGCAUCUCAGAGAGAAAUCCUUGCCAAGUCCCUUUUCUUCUUGAAAACCGUAGCACCCAUCCUACCAAAAGCUAUUUCUCCAUCUUAGAGGUUCCAGAAGCAUCCAUUAUUGAGACACAGGGAAAUAAUAGACUAAAGAUGGUGUGACCAUCUCUCUGUUCAUGGCUGGCUGUUGGCACCUUUCAUCCUCUGGCCUCUGCUUCUCCUACCUUCAGAGCCAUGCAGCUCCCAGGUGUACCAGUGACACCCCAGCACCCCACAUUUGCUCUAUCAUCCAUCAUUCCUGGUAGACAUGACCACUCCGGCACCCCACACUUUCUCUAUCACCCAUCAUUUCUAGGAGACAUGACCACGCCAACACCCCACAUUUGCUCUGUCACCCAUCACUCCUAGGAGACAAGGGAACCACGCAUCUGUUUGGACGUUCAAAGGAAUGUCCUGGGUGUCUGUGCAGGGAGCUAGCUGCCACCUCUGGCAAACUUAGUAAUCACUGCCGUCAACAGCCCUGCCCCAUAUAACCCUUUCAUCGGCCAGGUGUCCCUCACACCCCACAGUGGGGUUUGAAAAAACAUCUUUUGUGCUCACAGAUUCUGCAGCCAUGCUGAUCUAGUGGUUGCCUGUGAGCCCAGCAUCCCAAUGACAGCAGCCGGGAGCAGUGAGCCCUGCACAUUCCUCCAGCAACACCUGAGACGAGACUCCAACAAGGAAUAAUUAGCAUUCUUCCUUUCGCCGCCCACGGUACUUCUCUAACUUAAAGAGUUCCCUAAAGCAGACGAGAGAUUCCCGAUGUCACUCAGAGGCAGCCCUGUGUUCAUGGGAAGAAAAGCAUAGGCAUAAGAAGGCCAGGAUCGGAAAGGAAAGCAUGAACCACACUGAGGAGCCCGAAACCUUUAAAGAAUGCUGUGAUACUGCUCUUACUGGGGGUGGGAGGUUGGAGGGUGAAGGGUGGACAUGAAUUGUCAACAGGAAAAAAUUCACAACUAAUAAUUUUUCACAAGUCUGUAGGAGAAAAUAAAAUGAAAAUACCCUUCAUGGUGGAAUGUCUUAGAGAGCAACUGAGCAUAGUCCUGACCCAUGGAAGGUGAGUCAAGAACUAUUGUGUCAAAAUUAGUGGUCGGUGGGGACCAGAUUAUGGGUCAUUCAAUGUCCGAGUGACCUGGAGUAGCUUCAGCCAGGCCGGGACAUUCUGUGUCAUACCCCACUCACAGUUCCCAUAGGCUUCUAAGUAGCAUCAGCAAACAGCGUUCCUGGGGGUCAAGAUGCCAGGACCAGCGCUGUGUCUGUGAAAACAUACAUCUGGUGAUUUUAAAAGUUGUGUGUGCAUGUGUCCGUGUGUAUGUGUUGUGUGCAGCACAUGCCUACAUGUGUAAAGCUGCAGCCUCACGUGUAGACAGACUUUCUCCGGCACUUUCAAAGCUUGUAACCAGCCUUGGAGGUUUGGAGUGGGGGAGGGGUGUCUUAGAGGAUGGAGAGGCUGUUGAUUUCCAUACAAAAGAUCAAAGAUAGAGAUGAAGUGCCAUCUAAAGCCUGCGUUCAUAUUUCCUACAUGGUUGUCUGCAGCUGCGUUCCUUGGUGACUUAUUAAGUCAUGUUAAAAACUCAAACCCAUCAAUUCCCAGUAGCUAAUGCUAGGUUAGUGUUCAAAAGCACUCUCAAAAACAGCUAGUCUAUAUCUUGGGAACUAAACUGUUUGCAUGUUUAAUCCAUCUUUUAGGCUACCUUUGAGUAGACUGUACAGUGCUGUGUGAUAUAAUAUCAAUAAAGUACUUAUAAAUGGCACUUUAAUAUUUUCUUUGGGAAAAUCCUAAUACACUGUUGUAAAUUUCAGUGUUGAGUAUUGACUGGUGCAUAGAAUCAAAUUCUGUAAUUAAACAGUAACCUGCAACUAGGAUAGAACAUUUUUCCUGUUAUUAAAAAAAAACCAACAGUUUUGCCAUGUUCAGGCUUUUUUUUUUUUAAAAAAAAAGUGUUUCUGUGCCAUUGUGCGUAUCUAUAAAGAAAAUACAAUUUCUGUCAAGCACCUGUAAAACUUGGCUUUCUAUGUUUGGUUUGUGUACCUGGCAAUCCUUAUAAAGUGAGUGGAAGUAUGACUUUUGAAUUAAAUGAUUUUUCCAUUUGA